AUGCACCCACCCAAGCCAACAGCUGAUGAGAUCGAUGCAGUCAUACAGGCUGCCACGUCUGCAUCCCCGCAUGCCGCCUACUCUGCCGUGCGUCCCCCACGAGACACGCGCACUCAGCUCUUCGUCGGCAAUCUACCGUAUCGCGUGCGCUGGCAAGACCUAAAGGAUCUCUUCCGACGCGCGGGUACGGUCUUACGAGCGGAUGUCUCUCUAGCGCCUGACAACAGGAGCAGAGGAUACGGCACGGUGCUGCUUGCGUCUGCAGAAGAUGCCGGGAGGGCGAUAGAUAUGUUCAAUGGGUUUGUGUGGCAGACACGGACGUUGGAGGUCAGGCAUGACAAGAUGGGCGUCACGGCGAUGGGCGAGGAAUUUCACAACUCGGUGGUGGGGGCCAGCACAGGGACGGGACUGGGCGUCGGGAUGGGAUUCGGUGGGGGGACGACGUCUGGAGCAGGUACACCGUUCCCCCAGCUGCAAACGAAUCUGCCAGGCCCACUAUCACGUCCACCCACAACGACCCUGCCGUUCCACAUACAGUGGCAAGACUUGAAAGACCUAUUCCGGCAAGCUGGCACGAUCUUACGCGCAGAUGUCGCACUCGGGCCUGAUGGACGUUCGAGGGGAUUCGGGACAGUGAGUUUUGCGACCGAAGGAGAUGCAGAAAGAGCGGUCAAAAUGUUCAAUGGGUGA